GCAGUGGAAGUUUUGGAUCUGAUGCCCCAGCAAAGCGUUUGCUCGUGGAACACGCUCAUAUCCGGGUAUGCCCAGCUCGGGCAUCACCACCUGGCAAAGCAUCUGUUUGAUUCCAUGCCGGAGCGGGACCGGCUUUCCUGGUACGCGCUCCUGGUGGCCAUUUCCAACACAGGAGAAGUUCUCGUGGAAUGUGAUGCUUGGAGCACUGGCCAAGACGACGGAUCAAACCAGCGCUGCAAAGAUCAUAUUUGAUGACAUCCCCGAGAGAGACAUCGUGUCGUGGAACACUCUACUCCAGGCCUUCGUCCAGAUUGAGUCCACCCACAGUGCUCGCAAGAUUCUCGAGCGAAUGCCGAGCUGGGACGUUGUUUCGUGCACGUCGAUGCUGGCAGCGUAUGCCCAGAAAGGAAACGUUUCAGAUGCAAAGCACUUGUUUGAUUGCAUCCCCGAGCCAAACGUUUACUCCUGGAACGCACUGCUCGUAGCUUACAUCCAGGUCUUUAAUCUCGAGGAAGCGAUCAAUCUCUUUCGGCAGAUUCCCGAGAAGGACGUGAUCUCGUGGAACACGAUGAUCACGGGCUAUGCAAACUCCGGCUUCACGCACGAGGCAGCCAUGGCUUUUCACUCGAUGGAGAGAAGAGAUUCGACGUCGUGGAGCGCUCUAAUCUCUGCGCUGGCACAGAAUGGCGAGCUCGACGAUGGAGAUAUCGCCUUCCAUCGCAUGCCGCAGUGGAAUCUCGCGGCAUGGAACAGCCUUCUCUCCGCGCGAGCCGAGCAGGGAAAGAUGGUCGAGGCGGAGCGGAUGUUCUCUCGAGCUCCAGCUGCGAAUCUUCUCUCGUGGACGGCGAUGGUGGCGGGAUUCGGACACAAUGGUCGAGUGGAAAUGGCUCGAGCAGCGUUUGAGAGGAUGCCCGAGUGGGAUAUCGUGUCAUGGAAUGCGGUGGUCUCGGCGUUCGUCCAGUGUGGCUGUCUCGAAGAAGCUCUCGAGACGUUUUGGAGGAUGCCCGCGCGAGAUCUCGAGUCGUGGAACACGAUGAUCCGAAUUCUCUGUGAAGCAGGAGACCUCGUCCAGGCCGAGAGGAUCUUCGAUGGAAUGGCGCUGCGAAACGUUGUGUCCUGGACGACGCUACUCACCGGACAAGCUCAGAGAGGCCACACGAAGGAAGCGCGAGAGAGAUUCGCGAGAAUGCCACAGCACAGCUUUGUCACCUGGAACUCCAUGCUCGUCGCUUACUCGAGCUCCAACCAGAUCGAUCUCGCCGAAGAGGUGUUUUGCUCGAUGCCAAAGCACGACACCGUCUCGUGGAACACCAUGAUCGCGGGAUACUCGAGCAGCGACCAUAUGGAUCGAGCUCUGGCUUUGCUCAAUCUCAUCCCACACCAGAGUUCUCGAUCGUGGAACACCGUGCUCAAUGGAUACGUCACAAACGCCCAUAUCCGAGAGGCUGGAAUACUCUUCGAGAGAAUGCCGCACAAGGACGUGGUUUCGUGGACAAUAAUGGUGGUGGGCUUCUCUCAAAGCGGCCAAGUUGGCCAUGCAAAGAGAGUGUUUGAUCAAAGCGUGGAGAGGGACGUGGUAUCUUGGGCAGCUAUGGUGAGUGUAUAUGCCCAGAAUGGGUAUCUUGAGGAAGCCAGAGAGAUGUUUAUAAACAUGACCAAGUGUAAAGUUUCAAUGGACUCUCCCUACCAUGGAAGCGAGCACGUCGAGAAAGCCUGUAACUCUUUGCUCGCAGCAUUCGCCCACAACGGCCAUGCAAAGCUCGCCAUCACUUUCUUUCACGAGAUGAACUUGGAAGGAGCAAAGCCGGACGAAGUCUCGUUCGUGAUCGUUCUCGCCGCUUGCACCCACAUUGGCCUGCUCGAGAGCAGUCGGAGUUUCUUCGUCUCUCUCCACCAGGAUUUUGGAGUGGAGCCUCAAAAGGAGCACUACUGCUGCAUGCUGGAUGCGUUUUGCCGGGCCGGGCAGCUCGAGAAUGCCGAGAAACUCAUCGAGAGCAUGCCAUUUCUUCCGGAUAAGGUAGCCUGGGGGACGCUCCUGGCAGCUUGCCAGAACCACCGUGACAUGGAGCGAGCAUCGAAAGCAGCGGCUGUGCUAAGCGUCAUGGAGAUGGAUGCCUCACCGUAUGUGAUCCUGUCCAACGUUUACGUUCUCGGCAAUAGCAAAAAGAUUUAAUAACCUUGAUAGACAUUGCUCCU